AUGUAUGACUAUAAUAUUCCUGCCCCCAUUCCUCUUCCAGAAUCUGGCAAAUAUUCCGAACUCCCAAAGCCACAGUAACCUUUAUUUAGAUGGAAGUUAAAAACUCCGCCUCCACUGUCGUUUAAAGUCAGUUAUGGAGCUCAUUUCCCAGUGAAUCCUUCAACCUUGAUAUAUUCAUUUCCACAGCCUGACUCCACUAGUGAGAUGCCAUCAUUUUUGCAAUCACUUAUAUCCUCAUCUAUAGAAACUCCUAAAAAGAACCCAUCGUCACUUUUCCAUUUCAAUUCCUAUAUAGAGUGUGGGAACCUGGAAAGUGUUUUCCAAAAAUCCUCAGCCGAAUUUGAUUUACUUAUGAAAACUGAUACUAAUUCGAAAGGACACUCCCAGUGGUUUUAUUUUGAGGUGAAAAAUGAUAUAAUUGGAUGCAUAAAAAUCAAUAUUUUGAAUUUUAGUAAAGGAAGCAGCUUAUUUCAAAGAGGAAUGAAGCCAUUGUCAUUUUCCACUUAUGAAAAUGAAUGGAGGGAGAUUAAAAAUGCGCAAUAUCAUAGAUAUGAAUCGGAGUCGGGGAAAAAAUAUUAUAUGCUGAGCUUUACCUUUCAGUUUGAGCAUUAUAAUGAUAAAGUUACUUUCGCUUUUUCAAGGCCUUAUACUUUCUCAAGGCUGCAAAAUUUUAUUGCUCAAACUGAACAAAAAUUAGGCAUCGUAGAAGAUGUCCCAAUAAGAAUAGACAAAAAUAAGCUUCAUUAUAGAAGAGAGCUUUUGUGUAAUUCUCUUGGCGGACUUCCAUUAUAUGCGCUUACUAUCACAGCUGAUAAGCACUCUGGAAUCCCUUUCUAUAAAAGAAAAGGAGCAGUCAUAACUGCUAGAGUCCAUGCAGGAGAAACUACAGGCUCUUUUGUAAUGGAAAGUAUUAUCAGUUUUCUCUUGCAUUCGACCUCUGUUAGCGAGCCAAAUAUUUUAAAAAUCCUAGCAUUUUCAAGAAAAAAGAGUUUUAUAUUUUGAUAUAGAUUUAAUCAAUGCUUUAAAGCAUAGCUUUUAAGUUAAGUUUUUUUUAUAAUUUAAGGAUAAAAAAUUAUAAUAUAAAUUUUUUAAAAAUAAUUUCAUCUGUGGCGAGCCAAAAUUUUGUACGCUCACGAAGGAGAGCUAGAUAAUAGCAAGCAGGCCAUUGCACUUAGAAAUGUAUAUAUCUUCAAAAUUAUCCCUAUGCUAAAUCCAGACGGAGUUGUAUGUGGCAAUUAUAGAACAUCUUUGAGUGGAGAUGAUUUAAAUAGACAAUGAAUAAAUCCAAACAUGGAACUUCACCCUUGCAUUUAUCAUACAAAAAUGAUGAUGAAAAAGUUAGCAGCAAAACGAGAAGUGACGAUUUUUUGUGAUUUGCAUGCACACGCAAAGAAAAAAAAUUCAUUUAUUUAUGGUUGUAAUACAGCUGCUGAUGGUGGAUUUGCUUCUUGGACUAAAGUAAGGCUAUUUCCAAGGGUUUUAGCCAAAGUUACGCCUUUGUUUUCAUAUAAAGAUUGCAGAUUUAGUGUCAGUGCAGAUAAAAUGGGGACCGGGCGAGUCGUUGUAUGGAAAGAAUUGAGAAUUACAAACAGUUUUACGCUAGAAACAAGCUUUUAUGGCUACGAGCAUGGAGAAGAAAUCAAGCCCUAUGAUGAAUGCGAGCUAUUUAAGCUUGGUGUAAGUUUUGGGCAAGGCUUGCUUGAAUAUACAUAUUUGUUAAGAAAUCUCGAAAUUGAGCUUCUCCAUACUCAUGGAUGGCUUAAACCGUCCAAAAUGAAAGAAAUUUCAGGAACUCCUGCUCAAGAGCUGCUACAAAAAAAACUUGAAGAAGAAAAAAGAGAGGUAAAAAUGCAAGAAAUGAAAGAAAAAGCCAAAUUCGCAAUAAAUUCAAGAAGACCGAGCACAAAAGAAGGACAGCAGAAGCUAAAUAAAAGGAAAAACUCUAUAAAGCCUAAGCAUGAAAGAGAAAUAAGCGAGAAUGAAUGGAAUCAAGUUUUCGAUGAAUUUCCUAUUGAUACUUCAUUAUCAAAAUAUUUCAGUUUAGAGGAAAUAGAAAGAGCUCAGAAAAAUGAAGGCUUAGAAGAUGAAGGCUCAAAUGACACUUCAGGAAGUGACAGCGGCGAUAGUGAAUCAGAAAGUGCCUCAAUUUAUAGCAGAAAUUCAUCGAUUUGCUUAAUAGAAGACGAACCAUUUAAAUUCAAAAUUCCUAUCCCUCAAAAUCCAAUAUACCUUCAAGAUGAGCCCAGUCAGCUUAAAAGUUUUGUGUCAGCUUCUGAUAUAGGAGCUUGCUUCACAACUUUUACAUAUUUUCAAACUUCAAUCUCGCCAAAAAUUAUCAAUUCGACCUCCUUUGAAAAUUUUAAUAAUAAAACGUAUAGAUCGAGGUUUUUUAAGCCUUUUAUGAGUGCUUCAAGAUCCAGGACGCACAUUGAGAGAAAAAACGAAAUAGAAACCAGAAAAAGAAGCAUUUCUACAAGUAGAAAUGGAAAUUUAGGACCAAAUUUUAUUGUCGAUUGCAAUAAAUCUGCUGUAGCAAAGUUGCAGAGCCUUCCUGACCGAAAUAUUAGGACCGUUGUAAAGCACUUGUCAAGGCCUAAAGCAAACCGAACCCUUCAUUUUGCUAAGGAAACAACAAAUCAAGUCCUUCCAAAUUUUUGUGUUAAAUCUGUCAAAAUGCCAGUCCGCCCCGUAAUAAUGAAAAGAUCCUCAAAUAAGCAACUGUAA